UCGCGGAUCGAAUCAAAAUGUGGCACGUUCCGGAGUAACAAUCGAGCAACGUCUGGUGGUCCGGUUUUUGGAAGGUAUUGCCAAACAAUAAUCUGUUUAGUUUUGGUCAGCCAGGCACAAUAUUUCUAGUUCAAAGGGUUCAAGCCUAAAGAUGCUGCAAACUAUCAGUAUAGGCCUCGCUGCGGCCGUGCGGUUUCUGCUUAUGAACUCGCGAUACUCACACUCGAUACAGAACCGGGUGGAAGUUUCAACGCCGCUCAAUGCUUGGAAAAGAGCCGAGGAGGGAGCAUAUCUGUACGCAAACGGCAUCAACCCGUACGAUGGAGAUGUGUACCACAAAAAUCCCCUUAUUCUGGUGUCCACCCGGUGGCUAAUAGAAACCGUGCCCGGUGCAAUCCCGCACCUGUUUAUCCUGGUCGAUGUGCUGAGUGGCAUCCUGUUGCUGCUGGCGGCCCGAGUGUUCAUUCGCGACAUGUACCAAAAGCAGUGCCGCGAAAGGCACAGCUACGCCAAGGACACGGAAGAGUUGCAUCUGGUCGAAGCGGAUCUGGUGACGGUUCCGAUGUCGGUGGGGUUUGCAUACCUCUUCAAUCCGUACGCCAUACUGAACUGCGUCGGGCAGACCACAACGGUGUGGAGCAACUUCCUGCUGGCACUCUUUCUGUACGGUUUGUCCCGGCGCCGGCGGUUGCUUGCCCUAGUGGCGCUAGCAUUGGAAACGCAAAUCAAUCUGUACCCAUUCGUACUGCUGGCGCCCGGUGCGCUUCACAUUGCCAACCUACAGACGGUGCCAGGCAAAAGCAGAUUUAGCAGCAUAGCGACCAGCUGUGUGCUGUUUGUGGCUGUGUUUUUGGCCAUCAACUACGGGAGCAGCUGUUUGAUGGGCGGAGAUUGGAGUUUCCUCGACGCAACCUACGGAUUCAUCAUUGAUUGCCGCAGCCUGCAGCCAAACAUAGGGCUGUUCUGGUACUUUUUCACCGAAAUGUUUGACCAUUUCCGCACGUUGUUCCUGUAUUCGUUUCAAAUCAACGCCACGCUGCUGUAUCUGUUUCCGCUGACGUUUAAACUGCACAAGGAACCGAUCAUGCUCGCGACGAUGCUGAUCGGUCUCACGGCCGUUUUCCGAUCGUACCCGUGUGUCGGCGACGUUAGCUUCUAUCUAGCGCUGAUCCCUCUGUGGAAAUCGAUCUCUUCGUUCAUGAAGAACAACUUUAUCGUUGGAGCAACGAUCCUAGUGACCAGCGUCUUAGCGCCCACGGUUUGGCACCUGUGGAUCUACAACAACUCUGCCAACGCCAACUUCUACUUCGGAGUGACGCUUAUUUUCUGCACGGCACAGAUUUUCCUCAUCACCGACCUAUUCUUCGGUUACAUCAAACGCGAAUUUUGCCUGAAGCACGGAAUCCGUGUGCUAGUCGGUGGCAAAGAGGCGCGCAUUACGUUAGAGUAUUAAUAAAAAGGCUAGUAAU